UAAACAUGAAGUUCCUUUUGGAACUAAUGGCUUGCUGUGGUUGUUCUUCUCGUUUGCCCCCACUUGAAGACAUCGGGCCUCUCGUUCCUGGCCCGGCCCAGCCCACUAAUCGUAAAAACAGGAGACGAAGGAGAGGUAGAGGUGGACCAACGAGUUCAGUUGGUUCAGUACCUAAUAAUUGGAGGCCCUCACUUUCGGCCAUUUCAGAAGACAACGCUCUGCCACCUAGAAAAGUGAAGAGAAAAGUCAUAACUACUUCCCCACCCGCCACUAAACCCCGUCGUCGUAGUUGCGAGGAAACUAGGAGAAUUCCAGUUUCAGCCUUGGCGCCAGCUUUCUCCCCAACUCCUUUUUUAUUUUAAUUCCUCUGUAACCUUUUUUUUGGGGGUGGGUAGUGGGUGGGUGGGGCUUGUACGUAGUUAUGAUGAACAUGUAUCAUGUAUGCAUAUUGUACUGUAAAUGUUCUAUAUUAUUAUCUCUUUUUAUCUUGUUAA